AUGUCUUCAACUUCUCCCCACCCCGCUGUCUCCGUUACGUCCAUCAAGACCCUUAUUCCAGUUACUUUGGACAUCGAAACCGGUCACUAUACGACCUGGUCGGAGAUGUUCAAAAUACAAUGCAAAGCACAUCUCGUGUAUGAUCACCUUCAACCCAAAUCAGCCACCGAAACCUCCUCCUCUUCCGUUUCAAAUAAAGACAAAGACAAAGAACAGCCUGCACCCACCGAGACAUGGGAACGUCUCGAUUCCAUCGUCUUGCAGUGGAUUUACAGCACUAUAUCUACCGACCUGUUGCACACGGUUCUUAAACCAGACACAACCGCCUUUGAUGCUUGGACAACGAUUGCAAAUAUCUUUCAAGAUAACAAGGCCACUCGCACUAUCGACCUCAACAAUAAAUUUGCAAACACUCACCUGGAUCAGUUUCCGAAUAUGUCCGCAUACUGUCAAGCACUUAAGGUAAUAUUCUCAUUAUGGAACAGUUAG